GAUUUGCAGGUUACACAGAGAGUGGGUUGUGCGUGUGUUUGUGGUACGUGGAUGUGAGCGUGUCAGGGAGUUUGCAGUGUGUGCGCGCGCGCGUGUAGCGUUCCCUGCUCGGAUACUGUCACCGCUUUGCACCGCGGGCAGGCUCCGUGUUCCUACAUGCAAGUUACUGGCACGGCUCCACUGUUCCUGCCCAGCAAUGACCGAAAGCCCCGAGACCAAAGCAGCCGACGGGGACGCGUGUCAGCGCGUGAAGAACGGGCUGAAGCUGGACAGAAACGGGCUGGCGAAGAGCCUCCACCACCGCUGCUAUGAGCGGCCGCCCAAGAACCGCUGCCACACCGACGAAGAGGAGCCCCACGAUGGCAGGCUGUACUGCCGGCCCUUCAUCGAGUCUUUCGAAGAGACGCCCAUGCUGGUGGCAGUCCUCACAUACAUGGGCUACGGCAUCCUCACCAUCUUCGGCUACAUCCGCGACUUCCUCCGUCACUGGAAGAUCGAAAGGUGCCACAUCGCCCGAGAGAAAGAGGAUCAAAAGGAUUUUGUGCCGCUCUACCAGGACUUUGAGAACUUUUACACCAGAAACCUUUACAUGCGGAUAAGAGACAACUGGAACAGGCCCAUAUGCAGCGUCCCAGGACCCAAGAUGGAUCUGAUGGAACGAGCCUCCCACGACUACAACUGGACUUUUGAAUACACAGGUCGGGUAGCGCAGGAUGUGAUUAACUUGGGUUCAUAUAAUUACCUCGGCUUCGCUGAGAACACAGGUCCGUGUGCUGACUCCGCGGCUGAGGUCACCGUGAAGUAUGGUGUUGGAGUUGCAAGCACGAGGCAGGAGAUUGGUAACCUAGACACACACGAGGAGAUGGAGAAACUGGUGGCUAGCUUCCUGGGUGUGGAGUCAGCCAUGGCGUUCGGGAUGGGAUUUGCAACCAACUCAAUGAAUAUACCAGCACUUGUUGGCAAGGGGUGCCUAAUCCUGAGUGAUGAGCUGAACCAUGCCUCUCUGGUCCUGGGAGCCAGACUCUCUGGGUCCACCAUCAGAGUCUUUAAACACAACAAUAUGCAGAGCCUUGAAAAACUGUUGAGAGAAGCCAUAGUGCAUGGCCAGCCCAGGACUCACAGACCAUGGAAGAAGAUCCUUAUAGUGGUCGAAGGCAUUUACAGCAUGGAGGGCAGCAUAGUGCGCCUGCCAGAAGUGAUCGCCCUAAAGAAGCGCUACCAGGCCUACCUUUACUUAGAUGAGGCCCACAGCAUAGGGGCCCUGGGUCCAAGAGGAAGAGGCGUGGUGGAUUACUUUGGCCUUGACCCAUGUGAUGUGGAUGUCAUGAUGGGCACUUUCACCAAAAGUUUUGGCGCUGCAGGUGGAUACAUCGCAGGAAAAAGGGAGCUCAUUGAAUACCUGCGCUCCCAUUCCCACAGUGCGGUCUAUGCCACCUCCAUGUCUCCUCCUGUGGUGGAGCAAAUCAUCACUUCUAUGAAGUGCAUUAUGGGAGAGGAUGGCACAACAAUAGGCCGUGAGCGCGUGCAGCAGCUGGCAGAGAACGCGGUCUAUUUCCGCAAGAGGCUUCGAGAAAUGGGCUUCAUCAUCUAUGGCAACAACGACUCUCCCGUCAUACCCAUGAUGCUCUACAUGCCCGCCAAGAUAGGAGCGUUUGGCAGGGAGAUGCUGAAGAGGAACAUCGGCGUGGUGGUCGUGGGCUUCCCCGCCACGCCCAUCAUCGAGUCGCGGGCACGCUUCUGCAUCUCUGCCGCCCACUCGAGAAACAUGCUCGACCAGGCGCUGAACGUCAUCAGCGAGGUUGGAGACCUCCUUCAGCUCAAGUACUCCCGUCACCGAAUGCAGCCGUCUUCUGCGCGGCCUUUUGAUGAUGAUGUGUAUGAGGACAUUGAUGACUGAUGAAUCACUCUGCUGCUAACGUGGCGCGAACCAGAACAACCCCACAAAAUGCCAAACGGGUGGGUCAAGAUGGAUCACGAGUCUUCCUUAAGGACCGACAUGUGCGUAUGUGCCCCUUGCCACCAUAUUGCCACCAUGUACCCUCACCCCACCCCACCCCUCCGACAACAGGAAAACACUUAAAAAAAAGAUUUUACUUUGCCUUAGGAACACACACAGAGGUUGUGAACACAGUGAAAAUAGCACCUCUGUUUCUUCCUGUGUAUUUUUUUAAUCACUAAGUUUUUUUUGUUUUGUUUGGUUAUGUCUGUAGUUUUUGUGGUAUUGGUCUUUGUUAAGCUUUCAGAUUACACAUCCAGCAUUUUUUUUUUUUUUUUUUUUUAAUGCCAUGGUUCUUACAUAAAUUGAAAAUGUAAUGAGGUAAAAUUAGACCAUCAGUGGUUACAGCCAUAAGCAGAAAGCACUGGAUGCUGCAGUAUUUGCACAGGACCUAAUUUGUCGCCAGUUUUCAACAUCAGCAGCCUGUUAGUUUGCAAACACGAUUUUACCUUUAAAGCCACUUUUCCCCUUCGUCUUCUGGUCUUUUCAAGGAACGUGCAGAUGUCAUACCUGCAUCUUGAACCUGACUUGACCCAAACACUUUAGGCUGAACUGCAUUUAUUUUUUCUUUCCAUCAUUAGCUCUAUACAGGAAAUGAAAAGUUUAGAUUACCUGGCAGCUUUCCAUUAAUAAAUCACUUUAUUGCACAAUACAAAGCUGGAGCCUGCUUCAGAGUUGUUUCUUUUACCAGUUAACCAAGCACAAUGUGUUAAUUACUGCAUUUAAUUAGAAGAUGUGAGCUGAUGGACAAAGUCAGCUUUGAGUCUUAAAGCUAAGCUUAGUGCCUGCUAACUUUGACUUCAUAUUUUUCCUGCAGAUAUAAAAGUAGCAUCUUCUCAUCUGAAUUUAAGCAACAAAGCAAAUGUGCACAUUUCCCAAAAUGCCAAAAGUUUUCUUUUAUUUAAGGCCAUUGAAGAUAAAUGUCUGCUGCUGGAGUAAACUAAAAUCUAAUACCUUAAGGAGGACCUGCUCUGCUUACCUGCAGAUCUGUGUUUCUAUUGCUGGACUCUACUAGAGCAGCUUUUUUAUGUGAGUCUGGGCCUCGGUGCCGCCCCUCAGUACAUCCACGGUUAGAAAAUGAGCCAUUUUAGCACCCCCUUGUUGAAACCAACUUGGUAUCACCUCCCAAACAGGAUGUGGGCGGGGCUUCUAUGCUCACAGCCAGAGUUGUGAUGAUUAUAUUAAAGAUGUUUUCUGUAAAUGAUAUUAUCUCCAGGAGUAGAAGAACCUCUUUAGAGCCUGAGGUUUUGGCAAACAGGGAUUAUGUUUGCAUACACUGACCUAGAUUAAUAUGAACAUCCACCACUGUAACUACUUGGUAUGUGAAAAAUACAUAAAAUUAUAAAAGGUCCAGUUUCAGUGAAUAUCACUUUCACAAUAAUCUGGUUUCUGUUGCAAAACCAACAAAAAGUUUUACUUUGACAAAUAAAAAUGCCACUUUCCAUAAAGGAUAAGCCAUAUGAGAUUUAAACUCAUGGUUGAUUUGCUGCUAUUGAAAUAAAAGGAACAUAAUGUAAAUGAAAACUUGAAUGGGGAAUUUUAUCCCUAAAACAUGUUACACAUAAACAUAUGUUACACAGGGUCCGCCUCUUUCCCCCACAGCUGUUAUGCGUCAUACUCACUCGUGCAACUUAGUGUCCAUUUGUGCCACUUCAACUCUAAUAGAUGAUCAAAGCUCAAUUUUAAACUUGACUCCCAGAAACACAAGGCCAGAUUUUUUUCUUUUUUAACUGUUACUUGUUUCUGUUUGUAAGAAAGCCCGACUUCUUCUUGGUUUUUGUGUUUAUUCUGUCUUUACGUCACUUCAGGAAGGGCAAACAGAAGAGCAUCUAAAUUAGCACAGGUGAUCUGGGAUCCAGCUCCUGGUAACUUCUCAUCUUACUGCUUUCUGUCCCAUAAUUCUUUCAUUGCCUUGAAAAACAAAGUGCUUUUUUUUUUGUGCUGUGACUAGCGAGUCAGUGAUGACGUUAAUCAGUUUCUUUGGAUUGGGGGGGGGGGGCUGUUUUCCUGCCUCCUCCACAUACACACCUGUCUUGGCCUUUUAUUGUGCUACUGAGCUUUCAGGCAGCAGCACUCCUUAGUGAAGGCAGCUGUUAAUAAAGAAGAAAACCCCACAUGCAUACACUACCGCUUGCAUGUAUGCACACUGACGAGUACUGUGUAACCGCUCGUUCUUCAUACUAAUGCAUGCACAGUAAGAAUUCAUCCCAGAAGCUGCUCUGCACCAGAGCUCAUCCUGCUCAAAGCUUAAACACUGGUUUUCUUUUUUAUUUUUAAAUCUACUUCAUUCUGUCUUCAUAUCUGUCUGGGCUCUAGAGAGCUGAUUUUUAUAUUAUUAUUCAUCUUUGCUGAUCUGUUACCAUGUAGUGGGAGAUACUUGCAUAAUAUAUCUUAUGUAAAUGAAUUUGGCUUCCUUUCUGUAGUAAAAUGGGAACCACGGAUUUCAGAUGAUUGUCCACGAGCUGAAAGCUUGGUUGCAAUAUUAUUCCUACAAAUGCAGAAUGUAUCUUUAUGUAUUUUUAAGUUUGUGCAGAGGAAAGUCAUAACGUUAUACUCAAAGCAAAUAUUUAGAACUUAUUUUAACAUUAUGUGACGAUUUUAGAGCCUGACAUUUUAAUGAGGGGCUUUUGAAGAUGGAUUAAAUUCAUUUCCCUUCAGUUUACUGGUCGAUCUCAGCAGUCCUCUCUGAUAUCUGCUUUCAACCGUUAAAUCCAUUUUGUUAAGAAAAUGAUGCAUAAAAGCAGAAUAACCUUCAUUCUGUUGUUUGCGCGAAACUGCAUGAAAUGCUAUUAUGGACGAUGGCUCGGCUCUUUUCUACAGUUUAUAUUGUUUCAUUAAAAAUGAGUUGUUUUGGAAUAUUUUGUUUAUCAUAGAGUGAGCUGGGACAUGUGACUGUGUGUAACUUACCACACAUCAGAGAUCAUUAUUUUCUGAUAUACAGUAGUGCCUUUAAAAUGAUUUUCUAAGAAUUCUGGGUAUAGUGUCGUAACUUGGUUUGUUCAGCUUUGAAAGUCUUAACUGACCUCAUGAACUACUUUGUUUUCAGCAGGACUCAACUGUUUAAUUAGCACUGUGUGUGAUAUCUAUGUUGACUAAUUUCCAUGCAUUUGAUCAUAGAAAAUGUACUAUUUCAACAUAUCAGCAAAAUAUUAAAAUGUAAAGUUUCACCCUUGUCAGUUACAUGAGUAGAUGAAUAAAAUGAUGUAAAAAAUA